AUCAAGAAUUAAUCAAUGUUACAUUAGAAGCAUUUCAUAAUCUAUCUAAAAAUACUGAUAUUCGUACAAUCAUGAAAAAUCGUCAAUUAACUUCGCUCUUUUACAAUUUUACAUCUACUCAAAAUAUUGAAGAACGAAAAUUAGCAUUUAGUAUUCUUGCAGAAAUUAUGGAUGAAAAAGAAAUAAAUGAAAAACCAAAUGAAAUUACUAGUGUAUUUAUUGAUCAACUCAAACAACUCAAUCCAAAUGAAUACAAUCCAAAUAUGGAUAGUACUCUUUCAAGUCUCCAAGCAUUAAUGCAACAUGAACAAAUCAAAAAUCAAUUUAUUCAACAAAAUGGUGCACAAGCAUUAGUUUCUUUUAUUCGUGAUGGUGAUUCAAGUAAACAAUCUGAAACACAACAAGAAGAUGCUCUUAAAAUCCUUUGGUCAACUACAUUCAAUAAUCCUCAUAUAGUAAAUACACUUCAAAAUGAUGUGAAACUAAUGACACGAGUUAAUGAUAUCUAUCAUCAUGCAAAAGAAAAAGGAAAUGUUACAUUAGAAAAAGCAGCUGAAGGAUUGAUUUGGAAAGUUGAAAAAGAAGAAAAAUUCAAAGAAGAACAAGCAGCUGAAGCUGAACGAAAAAAAGAAGAGAAAAAGAAAAAAGAAAAAGCAAGUGGUGUAGUAGAGGAAGAAGAGGAAGAAGAAGAAAAAUAUGAUCUAAUGAUAUCAUAUUCAUGGGCAGAUAUGGACUUAGCUCAUCGUAUUUUUCAUCAUUUGACCGAAAAAUUAGGUUAUAAAAUAUGGCUUGAUCAAGAACAAAUGCAUGGAUCGACAAUUGAAGCAAUGGCAAAUGCAGUUGAUAAUGCUCAGUUUAUUCUUAUGUGUAUGUCAGACACAUAUAAACGAAGUGCAAAUUGUCAAUCAGAAGCUGAAUAUGCACAUAAUCGUAAAAAACAUAUUGUACCAUGUAAAAUGAAAAAAGAUUAUAACCCUGAUGGAUGGUUAGGUUUUAUAUUGGGUACACGAUUGUAUAUUGAUUUUGGAACAUAUGAAUUUGAAAAAGCAAUUGAACUACUUGAUAAUGAAAUUCAAUUACAAAAGAAAAAGCGUAAAGCAGCAAAAGAAGUAGCAAGAGUUGAAAGAAAAGCUAUUGCAGAGGAAAACGCUUCAAAAAAUGAAAGAAAAGUAUCACAAGCUCCGCCUGAAAUAAAACUGAAAAGUAGUUUGGGAAAUGUAUCAGAUUGGGAUGAAGUGAAUGUUCGAGAUUUCUUAUUAAAAGAAAAUCUUCUAUCGAUGAUACCACUUUGUAAUGGAAUUAAUGGAGAAGAAUUGAGAGAUUUGUAUGCUAUGUGUAAAUCAAAUUCAGCAUCAAUGUAUCGUUCAUUAAAAUUUGAACUUCUUCAUGGACAUCAUAGAAUAUUACCAGUCUCUACAUUUCUUCGUUUUAUGAGUCGUAUGCGUUCUGCUUGUGAUAAUGGAUCAUCAUCUAACACACAGACGGUAACCAAGAUUAAAGAAGAUCAUAUUCAAGAAGAUCCUAUUCAAGAAGAACCUACUUCGGAGGAAGACUAA